CCGACAACGACGAGCAUUGAUCAGGCUCAUCGACAGCCAGGACAUCUUCACGACGGUCAACAACCCCAUACCACGCCUCUGGCCACGACGAGGAUUGCGGCCGACUCUGCUGUGUCGCUUGCUUCGUUCCCAUAAGGCUGAAGCUAUAAUUUUCGAAUUUGAUGUGGUUGCAUUUUGGGUGUCCACAACACCAAAGUCAUCUACCAUUCCACCGGUACCAUCGACGACCGGUCGAGCUCUCUCAUACGACGUUUCGAACUCUGCGCAUUAAUUGACGCAAAAGGUCUCAAACCUUGAUGGUAACGACGGCCAAGAGCUCAGGUCCUCACACACUCUUGUCUCCUGUCAUAAAACUGGCCUUUCUCCCACUUUUCUAUUCACCUUACUCAUACAUUCGCCGCAAACACACAUACACAGCAUUUCCACUUUGGAUAUCCUUGAAUCCGAGACGGAUUCUCCACCUCCCAUCUUUUGGCGUUACUUAUUCUGUUGCCUCGGUCAUCUUGUUAUCAUCCAUAGCUCUUACCUCUCCUGACGAUGAGGGCUAGGUUUUCGCCAAAGCAGCGCCCAAAACCCAUCAAUACUGCGAUGCGGGACGACCCCAGAUUCAACCAAAAACUACUGGAAAUAGUCAACCGAAAGCAGGUGUAUGAGCAGAGGUCGGUUUUUGCGAUAGACUACACUCAAGAUGCAGAAUUUGCCGCCUUUGCGAGUCGUAGAACUGACAGAAGCGCGUAACAGUGGUCUUCAACCUCAUCGGCUGCAAAUCCUUCAGCAACCGCAGAUUGGCCGCAUAACAAAGUCGACACCACAAGACCACGACGACAGCAAGACCACGACUGCCAGAAACAAGGGUGUAUUCCCACUGGAACCUGCACUCACCGUUGCAUACACCCUCAAUAAUAACGAUCCCAGCCAGUUUCACCGAGCCAGCCCAUACAUAUUCAGCAUGGUGACCGUCGAAUCCCUCGAUCCACAACAAGCUACAGAGCCAGACACUUUGUCAGGCCGCCUGAGUUCGUCGUUGCACAAGUUCAGGCUGCCAGAUGGCCAAGAACAAUGUGUCUUCGUUUUUCAUGCCCUUUUCAUCAAAUAUCCGGGAAUGUACCGGCUCAGAUGCCACGUUUUUGAGAUGCGCCAAGGUUUCAGCGGCCUGUAUGCGGAGAAAGUUGCAGAGAUUUAUGGCGGUGUCAUGCAGGUCAGCGCAGACAAAGCGGCGGCACCUACCAGAGCGUCCACAAAGUUGACGAGAGAUCUUCACGAUCAAGGUGUCAAGGUGAAGCUCAAGAAGGAGUCUGUUCGCAGACGCAAAUCGCAAACAGACGUCUGGACCGCAGAUCGUACUUCAGGAAAUGUCGUCGCCGGUAGCAACCCGGUCAACCAUCCCACUUACAGGGCUCUGCCCGUGCAAACCGGUGCCGUGGCGCCAGCCCCAAACAACAGCGUCGACAUUACUCGCCGCUUGUCGUACACGCACCAACGCAUGAACACUGGUCGUCCGGCGCCAGCACCAGUCCACAGUCAUGGCGAGGACAUAAGCCACCGCAUGAACACCGGUUUCGCGGCGCCAGCACCAGCCCACAGUCAUGGCGAGGACAUGCGCCACCGCAUGACUUACCAUGACAUGAACAACGGUGCCGCUGCCGCGUGGAAUGCCGGCACCUUCCAGGCAGCACCUGUGACCAACAGUGCCGAGGCCUUUCCCCUAUACACUCGUGCCGAUACCUUCCAGGCGACACCUUUGAGCAGCGGUGCCAGUCCUUUUUCGCUAUACGGUCCUGCCGACCUCCGUGCCCUGCAGGCUGGUACCAUGCAGGUGCCAAAUAUGUACAAUCUCGUUCAAGCGCCGAACAUGUACAACCUUGGCGGUCAGAUGCCAAACACGUACAAUGGUGUUGGCACAUAUCAGGUCCCACCAAUGAACAGCGGUGCCGUAGGCGGCCAGGUUCCAAACAUGUGCAAUGGUGCCGGCACUUUUCAGACACCAGCCACAUCCACCGGGUCCGAUCGUCCUAAUCGGCAAAACAAGAAGACCGGAUCUAACGUGCCCAAAGCACCAGUGGCGCAUGACGGUGCCAAUACCGCCCAAGUGGCACCCGCGGAGAACGGUGCCAGUACCACCCAAGUGGCACCCGCUGAGAAUGGUGUCAAGGUCUCCCAAGCACCAGCCAUGAGCACCAGUGUCGCCGUGCCAGUCAAUUUCGGCACUGGUAUGUUCGCCGACUUCAACUUUGUCGAUGCGUAUGGCACCUACUGGUCACAGUAGAGCUGUGAAAGUCCUCCAGAUCGCGAGUGGACAAUGACAGGAUCAAGUUCUUGGAGAUACCUUUUCGGACAUUAGGAGUUGGAAUCUUUUUGGAGUUGGACAUCGAGAUGGACUGGAUAAAUU